AUAUAUAUAUAUUUACAUAUAUAAAUAGUAAUAUAGAUAUAAAUAAUCGAAGACAAACGCCUAUCAAUUGGAAAAGUGAAUCAUGGUCUACAAAUGGGUUCAAUCGUCGGCCUAUUCGUCGAUACCGCCAAACGCCAUUGUGGGCGGCAACGAUGAGGACGGCGCCAUGAUCUAUGUGGGCCGGGCGGAGCACGAGGGCGACAUGCUCGUCUGCAAGGUGAUGCCGUCGAAGCAGAUCGGCUAUGUGUCGCAACGGGGCGAGGCCCUGCCCAAGGACAUAUUCGAAAUACUGUGCGGCGAGAAUCUGGUGUGGGUCAAGUGCUACGAUCACGUGAUACCCGAGACGGCGGUGCUGUGCGGUCGCACCAGCCUCGAGCAGCCGGUGUACAUUGGCCGUGGGCACUACGAGGGUCACCUGAUCAUCGGCAAAAUAUCCUCAGUGCAUCGCGCGCUCUUCAUAGCCUAUCGCGGUGCGGAGCGACGUUUGGAUUCGUAUGAGAUACUGAUAGAGGAGCGAGGCGCCACGCCUGGCUGGCAGCUGCCGCCGCCACCGGAUGCAUUGGAGUUGGCCGAGAAGUGUCCACUGACACCGCCGCCGCCACCACCACCACCAGUGGUGCUGGCUAAGCCGCCAGUGGCACGCAAGCCGUAUCCCUAUCCGCCGGACUUUGACACGUCGGCCUUCUCUCUGCACGACAGACCGCCACAGUAUACGCCCAUGCCGAUGCCCUCGCACAGCACAGUACCGUAUCCAGCAACAGCAGCAGCACCACCACCACCACCACCGCCAGCGGUACCGGCCAUGGCACCACCAACGCCCAGCAUCCUGCCGGAGUACAAGCGACCGCUGGCUGUGCCAGUGCCCAUUCCGGCCAAGCCAUACGGCAUGCCACCUUCCUAUACGCCCGCUGCCGUCGCACCACCCAGCACCCACCACGCGGCCACCAUUGUGCCCGCAGAGACAUAUAAGCCGCCCAUGAGCGUGGAUCCGUAUGCGCCCAGCUGCUCCAGCUACACGCCCGCCGUGUGCGCACCAGCUGCCACGACCGGCUAUGACCUGUGGAUGGCCGCCAGUCCCGGCUAUACGCCACCAGAUGCCGUCUAUGGCGGCCACGAUACCGACAUGGCACCGCUGCUCGUCUGUCGCGCCUACUACGAUGGCUCCCAUAUACCGGGCAAAGCGGCGCCGAGCCGUGGCUGCGCCUACAUCACACAUGCCGGCCGGGAGCUGGUCGAGUCCCGGUACGAGGUGCUCAUCGGCCAGGCGAAAUACCAUUGGGUGCCCGGCUACGAUGGCAGCAUCGCGGCCGGCGCUGUGGAGGCGGGCCGCGCCUUCAAUGGCGAGCCUCUGUACAUUGGCCGCGCCCACUACUGCGGCAGCCUGACGCCGGGCAAGAUACAGCAAUCGCAUCGCUGUCUGCACAUCCCGUUCGGCGGGCAGGAGGUGCGCAUCACCAGAUACGAGAUACUCGUACGCAGCGACAUCUAUCAUCGUCAGCAGGCCAUCAAUCUGAGCUAUUGAGUUGCGGGCAGGAGGAGGAGAAUAUAUAUAUAUAUAUAUU